AUGGCAUUGAAAGAAAAUGCAUUCAUCGAUGUUGGAUAUCCGGUAUUGGAUGCCAAGUUUAUCAACAACAGGACUGUUUUGGUAGCAGGUGGAGGUGGUGAAGGAAACAAUGGAAUCCCCAAUAAGAUCACUGCCAUCAAAUGCAGUUUCAAAGUUAACGACGUCAAGCGAAGACUACAAAAGUUUAGAGAAGUUCUGCUCCCACCAAAUGAAGAUUCGCCACAAUGUAUUGAUGCGACGAGAUUGGUUGAUGAGAAUGAGUACAAUGUGGUUGUUGGAUGUAAUCAGAGCUCCGAGUUAAUCAAAUCCAUGAACAUAAAUAACAAUGUGAGAAAGUACAAAUACAACAGAGAAGAACAUUUGAUAUUUGAUGACGCAGCUCAGUUUGAAGAAGAGAUUUCCGGCGAUGCCGACGAAUACCCUAAAGUCAUCAAGAUUUCCCAAGACAACACCGUAGGAUGCUUGAUGACGUCCGCCGUGCCUUCUGUUUUGUACUUUUUCAGUCCAGAUGCAUUGGAAUCAAAGUUCAAGUAUAAACCACCAGGAAACGAUGAGAUUAAGGAUUUUGCAUUGAGUCCCAAAACAGGGGCAACCUUGUGCUACAUUACCUCGUCAUCAGUGGUUUCCGUAUCCACUCAAACAAACUCCGUCAUUGCUACAUCUAAAACGGCGCCAGUGGACAAGCAAUUGCAAAAAUUCACCUUUUCAAAAGUCAAGUUUAUCAACCGAAAUGAAGUAGUUAUCUCGUACAGUGUUAAAGGUGGCAAAGGCGCAGGGUUGUUGAGGUAUGACUUGACAAAGCAAAAGAUUGUACAAGAGCAAGUGAUUGCAAAAAAGUUGAACAAUAUAGUUGCUAUGGAUGUUUCUAUCCCCCAAGAUUUGGUGGCUUUUGCCGGAAACGAUUUAGUGGUUUACAUUGUCAAGCUCUCAAAUUUCAAAUUGUUGGAAACGAUGAAAAAAUUACACCCGUUUGCAAUUACAAGUGUGUCUUUCUCACCAAACGGUACCAAGCUAACCACAGGCAGUGCUGCAAACAUUUUGAAUGUUGUACGUGUACCGCCAAAGUAUGCGUCUGGAAAAUCUGUCAUUGGCACUCUUUUCCAAUACUUGUUUACAAUUAUAUUAAUAGCCGCAUUUGGAAUUGGAAUCCAAAAGGCACACCAAAAUGGACAAUUGCAUGGAGUUAUUGAGUCUCUGAAACAAUUCCUGGAAAACUAUCGUGAAGUUGGAUUGCGUUAUGGGAAGAUUGGCAGUGAAUUGGCCAGUCAGUAUGGAAACGUAGGCUUGGAAUUAGCAGAUGAGUACGGGAAAAAAGCUUAUGCUCUUGUAGAAGAGUAUGGGAACAAAUACAGCUCUAAAGCGAUUGAGUUUUACAAGAAGAAGUUUGGUAAAGAAGAUCUUGUGAAUAAAGUGGGUGAUCAAGCAAAAAGCACAUUGAAUGAUAUUGUGCAAGAAGUGACUAGAGAUUUGCAUGUGGAGACGAAUAAUCCUGAGUUUGAUAGUGAGACUUUGGACGACAUCAAGUUGAGCACUGGAGUUGUAGAGUCUUCGGUUGAGACUUCUCUCGUGUUCAGUGCGGAUUCAACUACUGAUGUUGCAAGUACCACUGAAGUCUCCACCUCAUCAAUUGGAUCUACCACUGUUGCGGAUCCUGAGUAUGAGAGUAUACACGAAGUGGCCAACAAUGCGACGGUCGGUGAAGAAGCUCAGCAGGUUGAACACAAGGUUGAUGAAUUUGAUCACACCCAAGUUUCUGAGGACAAUCAUAAUGAAAAUGGUGAUGUUAAUGACGCCGAUGUACAUGAAAUCCGCUAUGAAGAAGAGUAUGCCGAUAUCAUUGAGGAAGUUGUCUACGAAGAUGAACCAAGCGAAGAGGAUGUUAGUGCAAGCAACACGGAACGUGAGGAGACAAGUGGUCCCAGUGAUGUUAUUGAUGCCGAUGGCGAUUAUGUGGAGGUAGUUGAAGAAAUUGUGGAAGAAGUUGAGUCUUCAUCAGAGGCAUCGGAUGUGGGGAAUUCUGAUUCACCAAUCGAAGAUGAUGAAUAUGUUGAGGUUGUGGAGGAGGUGGUAGAGGGAGGAGAGGAAGAGGAACAGGAAGAGGAACAGGAAGGGGAAGAGAAAGAGGAAGCUCAAUCAAAUCCAAUGGUGUCUAAGGACUACGAAGAGGAGAGUAAUUCAGAGAAAAGCUCAGUAGGAACCGAGGCUGUAGAAGAGGUGUAUGAGGAAGUGAUUGAAGAGUUGGAUCCAAGUAGCCUCACGCAAGAUGAAGGAUUGGAGAAUCCUCCUUCUGCUCCUUCGCAAAAUGAUCGUGUUGACGUUGAAGAGACCACUGCACCAAAUAUCAACGAUGAGGCACUCUCAGAUGAACCAACGCAAUUAAGUAAAAUUUCUGACGUGGUUAAACAACCUGUGGAGGAGUCAACACCAAUCAUCAGCCAAACACAGAAAGAAAUUUCAUCUCAGGAACAGGAGUCAGUUGUCAGUCAAUCAGAAUCUUUGUCUUCAGAGAACCCUUCGUCUAGCGUUUCAGAACAAGAGUUUGCAUCGGAAGAAGCUGAAUCUCACCAUGAGUCACGUGUCGAAUCAAGUAAAGUUAAUGAAGAGCUGUCAACCACCACAAAAGCAAAUCACGAAGGAGUUAUUCAAGAUUCCGUUCCAUCGGAACCAGCUGAAGAAAAGCAAGUGGAUACCGAGACAGCAGAAACAGCCUCGAGUCAUCCUACCAGCAUAGCUACGGAUACCAUUGAGGAGGUAUCUUUUUCUGUUCAAUCUGUUAACGAGCCGGUGGCAUCAGCAGGCGAAGAAUUUACACCUGAAGAGCCCGUUUCAUUGGAGACACCUCACACUGUUGAAGUGUCUGGAACUGGUGGCGUUGACCCUACUCCUAAACCAAAAGAUGCAGAAAAUGUAGAGGAGCCUCCAGUUUCAGUUUCAACUCCAUCAAGUGAAGCAGUAGCCGCUGAUAAAAAAACAUCUCGGUUGACUCCUCCAGAUGAAGAGGCAAGCACGCUCAAACCCACCAAAAGCGCAAAUGAUGUAAACUUCGCGCUGCAACCAAGCGCAUCAACAACUAGCUCAGCCAGGAAAGUGACUAGAGUUGUUACAAGAACUAUCAAAAGAUCAAAAGCUGCAGCUCCAACGAAAAACGCGAGAGAAAAAGAUGAACUUUGA